UAUACCUACUACUAAUCAAGUCGUAAUCAUCAGUUUGAUAUAUAGCACGUAGGUAGGUACUUAUUUAUUAUAUUUCAUUUGGGUUGAAGGUUGAACCAUAGGCUAAUUCCACGCCACUGAAAGUAAAUUAUUUUUAAACUAAACCAAUCAAAUGUGUUGAUUUAAUUUUUUAACACUUUUCUUAACGGUGCCUUUUGGUGCGUUAUGUCACAUUUAAAUUAUCAAGUAGAGAAGGCGACAAAAUGUUCAGCUUUAUGUAAGAUAUGUUCUUGGUGUUGCCUUUCUUAUAUACAGUGUAAAUGUAAUAAAUGGUGACGAUGGGUACACUUCUGUUGAAAAUUGGAAAUAUCAUUUUCCUUCUGGAUCAGGAAUGGGGAUUUACGCCGCUGUAGCAGUUCCAGUACAGGACUCGGGCAACAUUGAUCUCUUCGUCGCCUUUUUCUUUGAAGCUUACUACUUGUUGCCUUAUAAUGAAACCAGCUUCGAAUUUCCUCCAAGUGUAGACAGAUCUUUCGGAAGGAGAUCGAUCUAUGAAUCGAUUCAGGCGAAGCUAGAAUCACGAGGAUACCCUGGUAAAAAUUGUGUAUUGAAAGCUAUAUGUGAAGCCGCCUCUUACACUACACUGCAUGCUAAUGGGAUAGUAGGAGAUUUGAUGCAUUUACUGUUCACCCCUUCUGCAUCAGAAGAACGCAACGACAGUUAUUUUUUCGAGUACCGAGAAGCCGAAGUUACUGGUUGGGAGCAGCAAAAUUGCGAAAAAUAUAAUGACUGUCAAUUAAAUUUGUUCGAUUUUUCGAAUUUUAUUAAAUAAAAUUUGC